AUGCCCAUUCAGGACUUAUCAACACUUAUCAGAUGGCAGGAAGAACAAAUCAAAGAAAGGAAAGAAAAGAAAAAUGAUAAUAUUGUCAUUAUUCUACUAAGAAGAGAUGAAUGCAAUAAAACUGGGGAAGAUGAACUUGUUGAAGCCCUGAAAGACAAGUAUGAUGUACUCAGAGAUAAACUUAUUGCUGAAGCAUUGAUGAAACAGAUGAGUGAGGCUGAAUGGAAUAGACUUUCAGAAAAAGAACGACAAGAAAGAAUACUCAAGAUGAAGUUGGAGUUGAGACGAUUGCUUGAAGAAGGAAAACAAGAUGAAGUGGCUAGGUUGCUAGGCGAUGUGAUUGAAACCCAGAAUGCAUUGGAAAGUUUGAUGGGAGAAAAUAGAGCUGAGUAUGAGAGGAAGUUGAAAGAGAGGUUGGCCAGAAGAAAAGCAAGGUUGGCGAAAGGUAUGUCAGAAUCAGAGGUCAUUAAACUUGAAAGCAUAGAAGAAUUAGCAGAAGAAGAAGAACUGAAGAAAAAACCCAAACCUAAGAAUAUCUUAAAAGAUCUGGAUAGGAGAUAUGAUGAGGAAAAGGCAGCAUUACUCGCCAGUUUGAAAGGUCAAGAUGAUAGACUAUUGAGCGAAAGACUACGACAGGCAGAGUUAUCAAGACUUAAGAGAGAACAGAGAAUAACAAGAGAGGAAGAUAAGUUUGAAGCAGCCGCCAUUUUGCUGGGGUUAGCAGAACACUAUGGUGACGUUGAAGCAAGGAAGCGGUUAAGACAAGAAGAGCUGGCAAAACAAAGAUUAGCCGAAAGGAAAAACAGACGAGCUGAUGCAAAGAAAAGAUUAGCAACGAUAGAGGAGGAAGUUGUAACCAUGCCUGAAAAUGAAGAUGAUGUCAUUGCUUUGCAAGAUGCUGUGUUGAAUGAAGUAAAUAAGAAACAUCGUGCAGAACGAGAACUCCUGAUUGCGCUUUUACAAGAACAAGAGAACAGCAAACAUAAGAAAACUGCCAAAGAUAUGAAUGAGGACGAACUCUACAAUAAACUGAAUGAACUGAAAUCAUACCGAGCUCAGUGGAGAGAGUCUUCCUCUGAUCCCUCACAGCAGAUACAGAUAUUUGAGGUAUGCUUAUUGGCUGACUUACAACAAGAACAAGAUAAAGAAAGUAGACAUUUGAUGGCUGAUCUGCAUAGUCAGAGUGCAGCAACGCUGAGACAACUAAAGCAAGCAGAAAUGAUAGCAAGAUCACAGAAAUGGUAUGACAAUGUUGCCAGUAUCAUGUUUGGCAUUGCACAUCAACAACUGACUUCAGAAGAUGAAUUAGUGGAAGCCUUAGAAGAGAAGUAUGAUGCAUUGCGAGAUAAACUAUUGGCAGAGGCACUGAUGAGACAGUUCAGUGAGACGCAGUGGGCCAAGAUGUCAGAGAAAGAACGACAGGCAAAGCUGAUGAAAUUGAAAUUAGAAGAAAAAAGAUUAAGGAGAGAAGGAAAAUUUGAUGAAGCUGCUGCCUUGUUGGGAGACAGUUUUAAAAAUGAUGAAGAACUGGCUCGAAUACUUGGCGAGUCUGAGAAGACUCAAAAGGAGAGACUGAAAGAACGACUUGAAAGGAGAAGACAGCUAAAAGCAGAGAGAAAAGCUGAAGGUUUACCGGUUGAUGAUAAAUCACUGGAUGAAAUUCUGGAUGCUGAGGAAGAAGAGGAAAAGAAAAGAAGAAGGAAUAUUUUACUGGAACUGAACAACCAUUUUGAAGAUGAGAAAGAUGCUCUUAUGGCCGCACUGAGGGCGCAGGAUAAACGACUGAUGAGUGAAAGAGAACGACAAUUAGCCCUGGCGAAAUUGAGACGUGAUCAACUGAAACUCAAAAAAGAGGAUAGCUUUGAGACUGCUGCUGUGUUGUACGGAAUCGCACAAGACAAUGAAGCCAAACGACAAACAGGUGUUGGUAAAGAUAGAGAAAGACAGAGACAGUUGGCAAGGCAGAGACUAGCAGCGGCUAAGAAAAAGAGAUCGACAAAGAAUGCAUUGAAGAAAGCAGCACUUGAGAAAAAACUGAAGCAAGACGAAGAAGAGAACGUGAAAUCUGAUGCAAUGCUUGCUCUGAGAAGACAACAAGAAGGGGUGGCUGUUCUGCAAGAGGCUGUACUAACAGAGCUGGAAAAGAAACACAAAACAGAAAGUGAUAUGUUAUUGAUAUUAAUAAACCAUGCAGAAGAAAACAAGAAAGAAAAAGAAGCAGCAAAAAAACUUUCUGAUGAGGAGUUGAACAAGAAAUUGCGUAAAUUAGAGAGUAAGAGAGAUAGAUGGAGGCGACAGUCACAGAAAGAUGCAGAUAUCGCAGAUUAUCAUAACCUUUCACCCAGCGAACUAGGUAAACAUCUUACAAAGUUAGCAGCCAAUCAAGAAAAACAAUAUGAUAUACUGGAAGUAGCCGUAUUACUGAAAAUGGAAGAACUGCGACGAUCAACAGCGGCCGAUGGAAGUGUCCCUGAGAAGAAUAUUGAGAGUGAAGUUCAAGUAAAGUUACUAUCGGAUGUGCAGGAGAAACAGCAAGCUGAGAGCAAUGCUAUGAGUAAAAUCCUAGGUUCUGAUAAGGCUGAACGAAUAUUUGAGAAACUGAAAGAAGAUCAGAGACGAGCAAGACGUGAAGGAUGGUUUGACAACAUGGCUUCAUCUGUUCUUGAUAGCGAUCCACUCCAAGUGACACGUUCUGAGAGUAUGAUUAGUAUUCGUAGUGAAGAUAUCCAUGAGCUGGAAGGUGAAAUUGAAGAUUUGGACAUUAAACAUGAGAGAAAUAUACAAGAAGUUAAAGGAAAGAAAAGAGCGAGACGAGAAGGGAAUAAAAUUGAUGCAAAUGCUAUGUUAGCUGAGCUUGAAAGACAGCAUGCUGCAAAGAAAAAGGCAAUGAAGGAACAGUUAGAAAAACAGAAGCAGAAGAUGAAAGAGAGGCUGGCUGCUAAGAAACAUGCAAAGGAUGAGAAAGAGUAUGAAGAAGUGAUAGCGCUAGCGUUGUUGAAAAAUGCAGAGAGAACUCUCAAACUUCAAGAACAGAAAGAUAGUGAAGAAAAAGACAGACAGGGAAUUAUGAUGAAAGAGAAACUGAAAUCAAGAAGAGAACAGCGACGAGAGGCACAAAAUGCUCGUGAUGAAGCCCAGACAAUGAAAGAACAUGAAGAGCUGGAGAAAAAGAAGAGGGAAAUGGAUGCUGAGAAGAGACUAGUUGAGGAAGAAGCGGCUAAACACCCGCAGAAACUGACUUCGGCAAAGAAAUCAGAUGUGUAUCCAGAUUUGCCUGGUGGUCCAAUGAGACGACAAAAGACGGUUGUUGACAUCAAUGUUUCUGAAGAAAAAAAGAAACAAAUAUUAUCUACCCUGGUUAGUGAACAAACCAAAGCUCAACAAACCAUUGAGAAAGAACAGAUGAAACAAGCUGAGAUGCUUAAAGAGAAAUUGGAGAAACAUAAAUCUCGUCGACAGGAUGAAGCAGCUGCUGUUGUUGGUCUGGGUGCAAGACAAAAAACUAUCCUGGAAAAAACACAAAAGGACGAACGUGAAAGGCAGAUCACAAUGGUAAAAGAGCGGAUUGCUAGAGUUCGAUAUGAGCGUACCAUGACGAUGAAAGAGCGUGCCAACAAAAACACUGCUGAUUUUGAAAAAAUGCUGAGUCCAGAUGACCCGAAUGGAACGCCUAGUGAUGAAAAGAUGUCUAAACUUGCUGCUGAUUUGAACCAAAGAUUUAAAAAGGAUGAAAUGGAUAUCAAAAAAGGAGUGAAGAGCAUGCUAGCUGAAGAUAAUGUGCCUGAAGGCAAGUCCAAACCCAAGAAAACUGUUACAAUUGACGAUGGAACCAAAUCAAGUAGAAAAAUUGAUGAUAAGGAGAAGGAAAGAAUCAUGAAAGAAAGACUUGCUCAAAGACGAAAGAAACAAUUUGUCAAAAAGGGAAGUCUUGCUGCUGCUCCAGAUAUGGAUACAUUGUCAAAAAGAAUCCAGGAACAGAAUGCUAGUGAGAAAAAUGAAGGGGAGUAA